CGCGUCGAUAACUAAAAAGUGCGUCCCAGUAGAUAGAUUCCAAAGUGCAGCGUUGCACCAUGAUGAACGCCUUUCUGGAUGCCAGCCAGCACCCACACCACCUGGCGUCUCUGGGCAUCAAGUUGUCCCCCGGUGGUGACCCCAACGGGGUGUUAAACCCCUCUGGCGACAGUAGCGGUGGCGAGACCGCCUCCAAUUCCCCUGGGAGCGUAGGGACCGCCAUGGUCCAGCCACUGCAGCCCUCCCCAGGUGAGGCUCCGGCCCACCACCCUCACCUGCACCCGCACUAUCCCCCACACCCGCAGAGCUACCCACACCAUCCACAUCACCCGGGCACGCACGCGGCGAUGAGUGCGGCUCAUCUGGGUCACCACAUGCCUCCACCUCUACACGGGGGUUACUCGGCUGCUCGGGACUACCUGAUGCGACGAGAGCACGAGUUCAACGCCGCCGCGAACCCCACAACUCCCGAGAGUAGUGGUCUGGGGCUGUUCGUUCAUCACCACGAGACAGCGACGGGGCCCAGCAUCCAGCAGUUCACCCACCAUCCGAGCCAGCAUUACCCUGGCCACUACCCUCAGGACGGUCGGCUGGGUGGCCCAGGUGCGACGACGCAUCACCACCAGUACCUGCCGGCACCCCACCUGUCGGUCCACCACCACCAGCAGCAACACCACCACCAUCAUCCGGCGAUGAACCAUCACCCAACGAUCGCCGGCCAUCCGCACGGGGCCUUCUUCAGGUAUAUGAAGACCGGCAGCGCUGGUUCGGCGUCCGGUGUCAGCGGUACACCCGGUAUCGGUCACCGGCAGAAGAUGUCGUGCCUGUGGGUGGAGCAGGAGAGCAUCCCCGGGCUGGGUAAGCGGCUGUGCGGCAAGCUGUUCGACAACUUGCACGACAUCGUCACCCACCUGACGGUUGAGCACGUGGGCGGGCCCGAGUUCACGACGCACGCGUGCUUUUGGCAGGGCUGCACCCGCAAGGGCAGGGCCUUCAAGGCCAAAUACAAACUCGUCAAUCACAUUAGGGUGCACACCGGGGAGAAGCCCUUUCCCUGCCCCUACACCGGCUGCGGCAAGGUCUUCGCCAGGUCGGAGAAUCUCAAGAUACACAAGAGGACGCAUACUGGUGAAAAGCCGUUCAAGUGCGAGACGCCGGGCUGCGACAGGCGCUUCGCCAACAGCAGCGAUCGCAAGAAGCACAGCCACGUCCACACGUCGGACAAGCCGUACAAUUGCCGGGUCAACGGCUGCGACAAGUCGUACACCCAUCCGAGCUCGCUCCGCAAACACAUGAAGGUGCACGGCAUGGCCAUGAGCGACGGGGGCAAACUAAGCGGCGGCUACGACAGCGAGGGCGAGGAGAGCAGCAGCAGCGGGGGCAGUCUCUCGGUGACAGGCCACACGGACUCGCCCCAGCCCUCGCAACCAGUGACCUCGUCGACCUCCACGACCCCUCUGUCCAACGGUCCAGCCUCCAACGGCUCGAACCCCAACAACAACAACAACAGCAGCAACAACAGCAACCUGCAGCACCACCACCUGAGCGAUUGGUACGUUUGCCAGCCGACAGCCGCGAUGGCGCCCCAGCACAGUCCGCUGUCCCAUCACACGGCCCCGCCGCCCGGCCACCACAUCGGCCAUCACUUCAGCACGCUAAUGCACCAUCAGGCCACCGCCUACUGA